CUACAUCCCCAAUCAAGGUCAAACCCGACAUUUCCCCAAACCCCCAGCCUUUUGAAAUUUUUGCGGAGAGAAGUGGAGGCGAAGAUAAUAACUUGGGGAACAGGUUUUCUGCGAGUUCCAGAAGAUCACAGAAGCAGAUUUAUAUUUUCUUUUUUUAUUUUUCUGUAUAAAUAGAAACAGAAAAUUUAAAGUAAAUGAUAAUGAAAUCCCCGUUUUAUGUCUUCACUUCACGCGCUCUAAUCUGAUCUCUCCUAUUCCCUCUCCUCGCGCCAUCGAAUCCUCCGCCGCUUGCGCCUAGGGUUUCUUCUUGAAGGAUUAUAUUUUUCUUAGCAUCCUAGUAGGGUUUGGAUGGUUGUACUUAGCUCCCAGCUCCAAUUAGGGGCAGGCGUAAAAUAUUGGGGUUUCUAGCUGGUUUGAUACAACAAAAAAGCCAUGCCGACUUUUACUGCUAUAGCUUUGGAUAGGUUAAUAGAACCUGGAGCUUCGAAAUCUGUUGACAAAUCUGGUCCUAACAUGAAACCACCUAUUCCCAAGCCAAAGCUUAUACCCAAUUCAAAGCUGGAGAGGAUGAAUAGUACAUCAGUAACUGAAAGGAAGAUUAAUCAUCCCCAAAUAUCGUCACCUGCCCUCUAUGCUACUCCUGAGGCAACUCCACUACCUGAUUCACCAUCUUCUUUUCCCCCUUCACCUUACAUCAUCAAUCACAAGCGUCGUGGGCCUCGCCUUCUGAAGAGCUUUUCUGAAAACAAUGUAUCAUCUCAGAAGAAAACCAUUGAAGAAAGUGAGGUUAAUGGGAAGGCGAAGCUGACAGAAACCAAGUCUGUUGAUCUAUCUAACGAUGGUUCUUUUAAUUUUAGCAUUCAUGAACCUGAUGAAGAGGGGCAUGGGAAUGGUGUCAAUAAUGGUCCUAUUAAAGUAGAACAGGCGAAUGGUGUCCAUUCUGGCUCCAUUCAAGAUGAACGCAGGAAUGGUGUCCAUGAUGUUGGAUUUGGGAGCAGUAAUGAGAAAGUCGGAAAGAGCCAAAUGAAUAAUGGUAUGCCUAGUGAUAUUGCCGAGGUAAAGCUUCAUUUGUUGAACUUGGACAGAUAUGAUGAAAGUGAAGAUUUCUUUGAUCCAAAGGAAUCAAUGAGUGCCACAACUAAUACCGAUGUAGAUGAUGAUAUUGGGGCAGAAAGUGCUGCAAGGCUUGCUACAUCAGGGGUAGAGUUUUUUGAUGCUUGGGACGAAUUAUCCUCUGAGAGUGGAUCACAAUCCAUUCAUCGUGACACUGAAGCUGAAGCACGUGAAAUAAGACUCAGCUUACUCAUGGAAAUAGAGAAGAGGAAGCAGGCAGAAGAAGCUCUAAAUAAGAUGCUACAUAUGUGGAAAAGAAUCAGCCAAGAGUUAGCUGUUGUGGGAUUGUCACUGCCUGCAGAUCCUAUUGAUGUGACAGAUGAUGAGCUGGUGAAUCAAGCUGAAGAACUGAGGCAGCAAGCAGAUGUUGCACGAUUUGUAUCAUUAACCGUUGGAAGGGGAAUUGCAAGGGCAGAGAUGGAGAUGGAGAUGGAAGCUCAAAUUGACUCAAAAAACUUUGAAAUCGCCCGAUUGUUGGACCGACUACACUACUAUGAGGCUGUUAAUCAGGAAAUGUCUCAGAGGAACCAGGAGGCUGUAGAGAUGGCACGGCGAGAGAGACAAAAGAAGAAAAGAAGGCAGAGAUGGGUAUGGGGUUCAAUUGCCACUGCAAUUACCCUUGGGACAGCAGCCUUGGCUUGGUCUUACCUCCCAACAGGUAAAGGAUCAUCUUCGGGUAAUGUUCCUCAGGCCUCUAAUCCUGAUGAUGCAGCUAAGUGAUUACUAUUCAAUCACUAGAGCUACGAGAAUCUGUCAUCGUUGGAGAGAAAAUAAGAUAUGCUUACAUUCAUUCCUGUGAAUAGCAGUCCAAACUGCCAUGAGCGAUCGGAGGAUGUGCAGUACCAUCAAUAAUAGUUUUUGAGUACUACUAAUUGUUCUGUUCCUUGGCAGUCUGUGAGUCGAUAAAUUUUCAUGUGGCCUUUGUUUAACCCAAUUUUGGCCUAUUGUGUGCGUUACGCACAUAAAACCUUCAUGGAUUUGCUUUUAGGUCUCUAAUCGUUUCAGGCAGAUAUCUUUUCUGUGCAAGACUCAUCAGUGGCAUGUGUGAAAUUAUUAACCUGUUGAUUGAAUGAAAUUUUGUUUGGGAUGUUCCGGCAAA